AUGUCUGAGACCAUCGAAGAAAUCAGUCCCUCUUUAGGACUUUCUCCCUCUUUUGCCCCGAUCGAAGAUGCGACAUUUUCUGACGCUGUGGAAGACUCUUCUGCCGCACAGGAGCAAGUUGAAACGGAGGAAGAGGUGGUGGACCUAGCCAAAGGUAGUCUAGAGAAUCAAACACUAACAGAAGACGAGAUAGUUGCAGUUGUAGAGCAAGUGACAGAGGAAGAGGAAGAGGAAAAUGUCAAAGUCAUCAUUAACGGUGAUCCAGCACCAGAUCCAGCGCCAGGCCAAGCACCAAUACUGGCCCUCAGCUCAGAUGCAACAGCGGCUGCAAAAACUGUCGAGAAAGUUGCGUUUACCAAACCGCGUAUAUACAUCAAGAAUUUGACCUAUGACACCACUGAGGAAGAGCUCGAAGAGUUAUUUAUAGACCACCAUUUGACUAGUGUGAUAAUUCCAACGUAUACCGUUCGUGGGUUUAGAUACCAAAGGUACAAGCCGUUGGGCACCGCAUAUGCAGACUUCAAGACCGCUGAAGAUGUUGCCGAUGUGAUCAACAAGUUCAAUGGCAUUGUACUAAACGGCAGAAGAUUGAUAAUCAAGCCAUACCAUACCAGUGGUUACUACAAGAAGUGCAGUACCAACAAAGGAGGAGACAAGCCCACAGGAAUAGAGAUGAUCCCAGAGCAAGAUUCGGAAUCGGCAGAGCCAUCCAACAAUGGUGCAUCGUCGACGGAGAGGAGUACAGUUGAAGUCGACGGAAACAGUGUAAGUAUUGCAAGAGAAGCUUCCACGGACACGAUUUUCAUUCAAUCGGUUGCCUACGCCGUUAAUAUCGAGGACAUCAAGACCUUCUUCGAAGGCUACGAGCCAGACCAAAUAUACUUGUACGAAAACAAGUACCGCCCCAAGGGCCGCAGGACUCUCUCGUUCAGUGGCAGGUCCAGAAGUGCCUUGGUUAGGUUGAAAUCUACAACGCCUCUUGCUGACAUCAUCACCGAAUUGCAAUCCAAGAAGCUUCACGGCAGACAUGUACUUUUGAGAGCGGGAUACGUUGAUAAAAUCAACGAAGUCCUAGUUGCCGCAAAUAGUAAGAAGUACACCUUUGUUUCUGACUUAUCAAGUGAAUAA